CUGUUUCGUCCAUUUUGUUUAGCUUAGCUAGCCUGGCUAACGUUACCUCAGGUACAGUGUGCACAGCAGAGAUGGAUGACGGUGACGAGCCGGGUUUAGUCCUCUCUCACAACACUUCUUCGGGCUCCAAGUCGAGCGGGGACAAGAUGUUCUCCCUAAAGAAGUGGAACGCUGUAGCUAUGUGGAGCUGGGACGUUGAGUGUGAUACCUGUGCCAUUUGUCGGGUCCAAGUGAUGGACGCUUGUCUCCGAUGCCAGGCAGAAAACAAACAGGAGGACUGUGUUGUUGUAUGGGGAGAGUGCAACCACUCCUUCCAUAACUGCUGCAUGUCCCUUUGGGUGAAGCAGAACAAUCGCUGCCCCCUCUGCCAGCAGGACUGGGUGGUUCAGAGAAUCGGCAAAUAAGCUCCAACUCCAGGCAGUCUGAUUCUCAGAUGACACCUGUAUGCACCCAAAAGUGGUGACAGACUCGACAAUGAUCACUGCAGCGUGCUGUGCAGAGCCACUUGACAUCGACAACUGUCCUCCUUCUUAUGAUUGCAUGUUCCAGUAGUCCUGGUGUGAAAGGAGGACGAUGGACAAAAUUAAAGCAGCGCAGACUCAUUGGUCACCGAUUGGAGGGAUCAAGAGUCGUGGAGAGAAGGAUGAACCUUGUUGCAGUGUUUGGUCACAUGUUAGCUUUACAUUGUCUGUGGUGGUGUUCAGCACAUCUUGAAUAUCUUUUUAAAAAUAAAGAAUUGUGUAUAGCUGUAAA